GGAUCUGACCCUUUGUCUCGGUAUAUAAAGCCCUCCCCUUAAACCUUUCUCUUCAUCUCCUCAUUUUAGGCCUUUCUGCCUCAGCUUGCAAACCCAAAACCAUAACAGAGAAAACAGAGCAAAAAGAGAUUCGUAGCACACCAUUGCUUUGCUGUUUGCCAAAGUAUUUCUGUUCUCUCCCCUGUUUUAGCUAAAAGCUUAGGAUAUCUUUGGUCUUUUGUAUUGAAGAAGCCACUAAAUUGCCAGUUUUUCCUCGAUCAAGAGGCCAACUUUUUUGUGCUUUUGGUAAUAGUAUCAAAAUUUUACUUGACAAGAAAAGCAAAUAGUAAUGGAGGAGUAUUUCCAAGAGCCAGCAGUUGAAAACAACUUCGAUCGAGAUGACAUUUCAUUGACAAAGUGCAAAUCCCAUUCACCGGAUGAGCUGGAAGAUAAUCCUUCGGGGGGUUUGGACUGUAACAUUUGCCUGGGUUGCGCACGAGAUCCUGUCGUCACGUUCUGUGGCCACCUCUAUUGUUGGCCCUGCAUCUACAAAUGGAUCCAUUUUCAGAGCAUGCCUUCUGAAAAUUGCAACCUCCAACAGCCACAAUGUCCUGUCUGCAAGGCUGAACUAUCUGAAGAAAGUGUAAUUCCUCUCUAUGGUAGGGGACUCGCUACAAAGCCUUCCGAAGCAAAAGCGGGACAACUAGGCAUAGUCAUCCCGCAAAGGCCACCAAGCCCAAAAUGUGGAAGUAUGCUGCCAUUACCCACAACGCCGAAUAUCUCACGAGCAGUUCCACAGCUUCACCGACUAAGUUACACACAACCACCACAAUCUUACCCUCAGUUUUCCAGUGGCACAAUGAGACCGAACACGUAUCAUCCAUUGGUCACGAUGCUUGGGGAAAUGGUUCUUACUAGGAUGUUUGGGAACCCACAGGCCUAUUCAUACCCAAAUUCAUUUCAUCUGUCAGGUGGUAGCACUCCGAGGAUGAGAAGGCAAGUGAUGCAGGCUGACAAAUCUCUCAGCAGAAUAUGUUUUUUCCUCUGCUGUUCUAUGGUUUUAUGUCUACUGCUGUUUUGAUACAGUUUUCUCCCAAUCCUCCCAAACGUAUACAUGUAAAAAAAGAAAAUCCACCCCUGUUAUACAAACUCAGCCUAUUAAUGUAGCAAUAGCAAAUCACAGAGUGUGUGCCAUCUCCAAAUCUGGAGCUGCUGAUAUAUACUAGUUGGAUCUCAGUUUCUAGGUAUGAACAAUUCUAAAUAUUUGGUUGUAUGGAGGAGGGACUAAUAAACAAACUUCACCUCCUAUUA